CCAUGACAAUGCGCAGAGAAAAAAACGAACGCGAGAGCCGGGGAGAAACAACAGCAGCCGUAGGGCCAGGAGCCAUGUCUCUACAGAACUACAGACUGAUGGAGAAGAUGGGCGAGGGGACGUUUUCUGAGGUGCUCAAAUGUCAGAGCAUGCUGGACGGAAAACUCUACGCCUGCAAGAAGAUGAAGCACAGAUAUCGCAGCUUAUGAAGAUGUGUUUGUGUUUGCCCUUAGCGAGGAUCAGGUGAACAAGUUGCGAGAGGUGCAGGCUCUGAAGCGGUUGAAUCCCCACCCACAUGUCAUAGAUCUCAAAGAAGUCGUCUUUGAAAAGAAGACUGGUACUAUGGCACUCAUCUGCGAGCUCAUGGACAUGAACAUAUAUGAACUUAUCAAAGACCGCAAGUCCUACCUGCCAGAACAGAGGGUCAAGCUCUACAUGUACCAGCUGUGCAAGGCCAUCUACCAUAUGCACAGGAACGGCAUUUUCCACAGAGAUGUGAAACCAGAGAAUAUUCUCAUCAAGGACUCUGUUCUGAAGCUGGCAGACUUUGGCUCAUGCAAGAGUGUCUACUCGAACCAGCCUUACACAGAGUACAUCUCCACCAGAUGGUACCGAGCACCAGAAUGCCUACUGACCGAUGGACACUACAGCUACAAAAUGGACAUGUGGAGUGUGGGCUGUGUCAUGUAUGAAGUCAUGAGGUCAGUUUAUUACAGGGACGACGGGAAUUUCCCUCUAAAACCAAGAUACACUUUCUCUCUCAGUCUCCGACCGCUGUUCCCUGGUUCUAAUGAGCUCGACCAGGUCUCCAAGAUACACGGAAUCAUAGGAACACCAUCCAGAGGGACACUCAGAAAACUCAAGAAAUUCCAAUCCCGCCACAUGGAGUUCAACUUCCCGCACAGUGCUGGAAGUGGUAUUUCGCCGCUCAUGAAGCAUGCCUCCAGUGGCUGUGUUGACUUGGUCGCUCAGCUCUGUACUUACGAUCCUGAUGAGAGACUGGGCGCAAAGCAAGCUCUGAGGCACCCUUACUUCAAAGACCUUCGUGAUGCAGAGAGACGGGGUAAACAAGCGACAAGGAGCCCAUCCAUUGCGAGCAACGUCAACGAGUCACGACUUCUUGCCAUUCCUGGCAAGAAAACGCAACACCAGGAAUAUUCACGUAGACGGAAGCAGCAAGACCAUCAUCACAUAGCACACUCACAGCUGCCUGUUGUGUCGCACCAUCAGGUGAAGGGUUCCCACCACAUACAGCCAAGGGUCGGUGACAUGAGGGGAGAUGCAUCGAGCCUAAUUCUGCCUCAGAUACAGGCCAAACCGAUUAGUGGAAUACAGUCAGGGUUUUCCUCAGUUUUGCCCUCCCACAAGAGCACUUCUCACCGACACUUUCUUCCACAUGUCUUCUCUGAUACCAGAACACAUUCCAAGCACAUCCCAUUUCCCUCUCAUCCUCCUUCUCACCACUUCCAACCGCCACAAGGCACGAAGCAGCAGCCUCUCCCAAUCCACCACCUCCCUACGCUCCCAAAACACACUCGGACUGGUGCCGGCUAUCCAGGAUAGAAACGGCCGUAAUGUGUAUUGCUAUGUCUUUGGUGCCACUAACGUCUUCCAGGAUGAUG